AAUCCCAAUAACACCCUUCUGUGGUGCUGCAUGGACUGGGUCGCAGACUUCAGCAACCUCCGUAGGAAGUCCUUCCUAGAAAACUGAGGGGAGUGCGGAAGUGAAAAACACAAGUUGGUCACACAAAGGACGCGUGAACGGCAUAAACAGAGCACAUUAAAACAACCACCUGAGAUUUAGCUACCGAAUAGCUACAGUAUGGCCACCGCAGACACGGUGUACAACACCACAACAGCAGCGCAGGAGCCCAAAUCCAGAAAAUGGUUCAUCGUGCCUUCAGAGAACCUGGACAAAGUUAGAUUCGCGAUAAAAGUGAUUGAACUGCUCCUUUCCUUUGUGGCUUUUGUGAUGGAGGAGGUGGUGUCCAGCUGUUCGCAAUGUGGACCACUCUACUUUUUUGAAUUUGUCAGUUGCACAGCCUUGCUCUUCACACUGUUGCUCCUCAUCCUCCUGGCCACGCCGUUGCACCAGAGAGUUGGAAUUAACAGCUGGCCUAGUCUGGAUUUCGGAUACACAUCAGUCAUGGCAAUCCUGUUUUUCCUUGCCAGCAUUUUGUUUGCGGCAGACAAUGGUCAAACGGGUCUGGAGCAAGGCACAGUGGCAUUUGGCUUCCUGGCCACGGUGGCCUUCUUUAUUGACUUUGGUUUGUUCGUGAAAAAUCGCGGUAUUCCUUGCCGAAAGGGAAACAAUCAACAAGCAGACCGCACACCCAGACCAGAAAGUGAGAAACUUAAUGCUAAUGGAACUGACUCAGUGAACUGAAGCAUUUUACCAGCAGUCUGCUGCAGUAUUCAAAAGCUUUUCCCAUUUGUCCAACAAUUUUUUAUACAUGAGAAAUGUUUUUACCCAAAG